AUGUACAAGCUCCAAGUUGUGUUAAUUCCGCCAGGAGCAAAUUCAGGAGGAUCGGGGAUACCAGCAGGAACUCCAACCACAGAAAACUCGCAGAUAUUGCCCUCGAAUCUUGUUGGAAAUGGGUCUAGUAUAAAAGGAAGUAAUCGGUCGGAAUUAGUCGGAAAUGGUGCGGCUGCGAGCAAUUUAUUUAUGUCAAGCUUCAUCUCAAACUAUAUGGGCAGUGUUAAGACGCGAAAAUUUCUGCAUUUUACAAAGCCAUCGCACACGUUGCUGGCGCUUUCCCAGGAGAUCAUCGACAAAUGCCAAAAAAUUUACCCAAACUUGGAGCGCCCUGUCGAGAUCGACACUCUUCAAGACGCGAACGAAUGCGAUCUGGAUCCUGAUUUUCUUGUUAAGGACGUUUUCAAUGUUGAUAACACGGUGCGAGCCGUGCUACGCACCGAGAUGGAGUUUACGACUUCUGAGCCAGAAACGGCAUAUUCUGUUUCCAACAAGAAACGGAAGCUCAGUAGACCAAGUUCUGGCUCGCAACCCUACUCCAACGUUCUCAGAAUCGCUAAAAAGAGACCACAUGCUUUACGAAACGGCACCAGCAUGCGCGUCUCGACCCCUCUUGCAAACCAAAUUUAUCCUCCGAGGAACGAGCAGAUAAAUUCGGACUAUGAGGACGAGGAAGUUGGAGACAGAUCAGUCCUGCCACCACCACAACCACAGUCUCCUCCCAUACGCAUCAGCUCAGGCUUUGAGAUUGGCAAGAAGAUUGCUUCCAACGAAAAUACGGUAUCUAGAUCAGAAACUGUUGAUCCCGACAAAUCGAGGCAGCAUCGUCUACUGUCUGGGACGCCAAUGAGGUCACCUCGGGCUCUCGAAGAAACUCCUAACGGACCAAUUACAAUACCCGGCCAGAAAGUCAUGCUGGAACCCGCCUCGGCGAACAAAAACAUGGCUACACCGGUGGCUACAAAUAAGCGAAUAACGUCGGGGAUGCUAAGAAUACCCGAGCCCAAGAUUUCUGAAAUAGAAGAAGAGCUCAGACAAGGACCUGCCAGUCCGUCUGCAGAGCUUCCCGCCAAGCCCAAUCGAAUUCCAAUGAAAAAGCCAUACGGCGCUUCCGAAAUUAAUGCUAGCGAAGAGUCUUCUGAUGCUGAGCAAGAGUUCAGAGUUCCAGAGAUACCAUCUGGACUUCAUGAGAUCAAUGGUGCGAGAUCAUCAUAUGCUGCUCGGCAAACAUCGAUUGCGGAUAACAAUGGUUCCCCGAUGAAAGAUGGGAAAAAGCUUGGUGAUGUUAAUUUAGCUCAACUUCCUGACUCGAGAAUGAGCGACCAUCGCAAGUCCUCAUUGGAAAGUAAAGUUGAAUCUCUUAUCAAGAACGCGUCAACCGCGGCAUCUCUGUCAGGAAUUUCAGAGCAUAACCGCCAAGGGCCAGAAUCUCUUCAAGCAACAAGAAAGGCGAAUUUCACUGACGAUGAGGACGAGGUUGAUGAAGAAAAAGAUACUCCUGCUGAUCCCGAUGAAACGGUGCGCGUGAAUUAUCUGGAGCCUAAUACUAGCUUUCACAAAUCUGAACUUCUGUCUAUGCUAAGGCAUAAUGACGUUUCGAUGGACUUCAAUCCGGUUUCCCGACAUCAAAGAAUUGACGGGAAAGAAUUUGCUGACAGCGACCCAUCAAAUUUGCAGAAAAAUGGGCCCAAUGACACUUCUUAUCAGCGAAGCCAAAGGACGGCAGCAAGGAAAGCAGCUAGGCUUUUAUCCUCGGGAAGAUCAAGAACAGAGCCCCAGUCUUCGUCUGACGACUCAAGUGGCAUUGAAACAGAGCUCAGUGAAAACGACAGUGUUGCUGUUAUGGAAAAGAAUGCUCUCAGGAAAAUUAAUAUCCACCCUCUGAAAGAAAGAGUUGUCGGACGUGAAAAAGAUUCCACAAGGGAUGCUUCAACGGCUAUGAAAACUACGGAUCGCGAUGAUGUUUUAAGCCGGGCUAAGUCAGGUCAUGUGGUUAAUGGAAAGAUGGAGGAUAUUGACGAGUCAGGUACCCCCGGAACAAAUAAUGCGUCCAAACCCACAGCAUCACCAAAGACCAAAAAAGAUGCCGCCAUAAACAGUUCCAAGAAAACUACAGUUAACAAAUCCGUAGCUGAAAAGUCAGCUUUCUUUCAGUCACCAAGUAAAACUAUUUCCAAGAAUUUGGAAAAGGCAAUUUCUCCUCCACCUGCAAACAAUAUCGCCAAAAAGCUGUAUCAGACACCCGAGUUCGUAGAAGAUUCGGAUGAUGAGUCAAGCACACCCUCUUCUAUCUUACAGCCACAGCCAUUAGCUAGGAAAAAAGUUCCACCUUCAGUCCUCAAAAGAAGAGAAGAGGCAGAAAGGAGAAGACAAGAGAAAGAAGAGGCCAAGAAGUUGAAGGCUCAGGAAAAUGCCACUAAAAAGUUAGAAAGAGAAGCCAAGAAGCAGGCAAGAGACGAGGAAGUGGCUAAGCGGAAAUCCGAAAGAGAAGCAAAGAAGAAACAGAAGGAGGAGGAGAUGUCGAAGAAAAGGGCCGAACGAGAUGCGAAGAAUAACUCAAAAGACAGCAAUUCCUCUAAAAGUUUCAAGGUGGUAGGGAAGGUGAAAGAUGCAAAUGAAGCUAUAGAAAAAACACCUGCGGAACAAGGCACCUCAAGGUCGUCCGAGUUAGAGAAGCCAAGCGUUUCCGCGGACGCAUCGCUUAGAGAAGUUACAGAAAAAAAUAAGGCUACCAUAAUUGAACAGGCUCAGCCUAAAAGUGACUUUAAGCUAGAAGAGUUGCGUCGUAAGUACCUUGGCGAAAGCUCGGGGCCAUCUACCGAGAGCAAAAGCCCUGUGGUCAAUACCGCUCCUGCGCCAAGAUCAACUGGCUCCUAUAGUUCAGAAAUUUCAGAGGAGUCUGAAGAUGAUGACUCGUCGGGCGAUUCGUCGGGUGACCAAUCGUCAGAAGAAUCCAGUAAAAGGAAUAGAAGGGGCGUAGUGGACACUCCUAAGGGGGAAUUUCGAUCAGUAAGCUCCAAGACUUCAAAAUCAGAAUACGCAGGUGUUGAGGCAGCUCCUCAGUCAACACAGAAAACUGUUGCCGAGAGCUCCUCACCUGUAAAAGUUCCUGUGACGCGGAUGAUGGAGUAUUCUUCUCCCAAUUCCACGGUCAUGGAUCAGUCAGAUUCUGUACCUUCUAACAGAAAAGUAAAGCAGCAUGGGCGUUCCUUGAGUUCACUUUCUGAUCUGGCUUCACGUGGCGUCCCAGAAGUUAAAGAACCCGCCGUCCCCACCAAAAUAACCCAACCUCAAAAAGAUCCCAAGACUAGUGACAGCUCGAAUGAAGAAAUGAGUGAUGAUGAUGAUAGUGGCGACAGCAAUAGUGAUAACGACGACAGCAGCUCGGAUUCCUCAGAUGACAAGUCAAACUUCAUAAGCGCCAGAUCCGCUAGUCAAGCACUAGGCAAAAAAAAAUCGAAAAGCGGAUUCGCCUCUCUAAUCAAAGAUUCCAAGAAAAAGUAG